AUGGUGUUGCUUUCACGGAACAGCUCUUCUCAUCCUGUGUCUUUCAUCCUACUUGGAAUGCCAGGACUGGAGAGUGCCCAAUUCUGGAUUGCCUUUCCAUUUUGUGCCAUGUAUAUCGUGGCUAUACUUGGGAAUGUCACUCUUCUUCACAUAAUCCGAAUUGACCAUACUUUGCAUGAACCCAUGUACCUCUUUCUGGCCAUGCUGGCGAUCACUGACCUGGUCCUCUCUUCCUCCACCCAGCCUAAGAUGUUGGCCAUAUUCUGGUUCCAUGCCCAUGAGAUUGAAUAUCAUGCCUGCCUCAUCCAGGUGUUCUUCAUCCAUACCUUUUCUUCUGUGGAGUCUGGGGUGCUCAUGGCUAUGGCCUUGGACCGCUAUGUGGCUAUCUGCUUCCCACUCCAACACUCCAGCAUCCUGACCCCAUCAGUAGUGGUCAAACUGGGGGCCGUCGUGCUGAUGAGAGGGUUGCUGUGGGUGAGCCCCUUCUGCUUCAUGGUCUCCAGGAUGCCCUUCUGUGACAACCAGGUCAUUCCCCAGUCAUACUGUGAACACAUGGCUGUGCUGAAGUUGGUGUGUGCCGACACCAGAGUAAAUCGUGGGUAUGGGCUCUUCGUGGCCUUCUCUGUUGUUGGCUUUGAUAUGAUAGUCAUCAGUAUGUCGUACGUGAUGAUUUUGAGAGCUGUGUUUCAGUUGCCUUCAGGUGAAGCCUCCCUCAAGGCUUUUGGCACCUGUGCCUCCCAUAUCUGUGUUAUCUUGGCUUUUUAUAUCCCAGCCCUUUUUACUUUCCUCACCCACCGUUUUGGCCAUCACGUGCCACACAUAGUACACAUCAUGGUUGCUAAUCUCUAUGUCCUGGUGCCUCCCAUGCUCAAUCCCAUCAUCUACGGAGUUAGAACCAAACAGAUCAGGGACAGGGUUGUCCAAGGAUGUUGUGGGAAAGACCCCUGA